AUGAGCACGCCUGACGACCCUGUCAUCCACAGCCCACCAUCGAUUGGAGCCGCUCCAGGGAUGAAUGGUAAUGGUACAUUUCUACGUUUUCUUAGAACAUGGGCUGACUAAAAAUAGUACAAUAGAAACGAAACGCUCGAUGUUCCCUUUCCAUUCUUUGGUUUUCCCCAUUGAAUGCUAAUUGGACAUCGUGAUCAUUCAUUUCGAAUUCCUUCGGGGCAAGAAAAAAAUAGUCACGGGAUCGGAGCACAUUUAUUAUCAUCGUUUACAGCAGGAAUUAGUACUAUUACGGAAUAGUUUCACUUUUUUUUACCGCUAUACGAAGUUUUAUCGGUCGUUUUCUGACACUUUUACGGUGCCACAAAACAUGGUACUAGGAACUGCUCUGUUUAAAUGCUGAUAAGCUAAAACUCUCGUUGUACCCGAUUUCCGAUUCUUUCUCUCUUGCCACUUCUUUUUGCCAUCGAAAAGUCGGAGAGUACUUUGUCUCGCUAUCACUUCAAAGCUGCGAGAAGAAGGUGAUAGGGGGAACACGAAAAACACACUUUACACUAUUCCGCAGCGUUGUGAGAACAACGAAAUAGUGAGGAUCAUAGGACGGCUACUGCACUUUUCCAAAGGGAAAAGUGAGUGGCGCUCACAAAAAGUGGGUUCCCGGCGGCCGCAGCUCGGUUGAAAUCUGACGGGGGACGGGGGACGGAUGCGACCGGGGACAGAGGACAACUGUCGUUGAUGAGCACACCGAUAUCACUCUACAAUCUCGUUAUUCCAGGAUAUCAUGGAUCCGGAGUAAAACUUGAAGAAGGUUCUGGUGCGUGUGGCUCUCCAGACGACGGCAACAUGGAAGCCAACGAUGUAAACAAAUCAUAAGCAAAAUAUAAAUUUAAUCUGUUGUUUAUAUUCCAGGAAAGCCGUCGGCGUCAAAAAACCUGCCGAGUCUGCGGAGAUCAUGCGACUGGUUAUAAUUUCAACGUGAUAACCUGCGAAUCUUGCAAAGCGUUCUUCCGGAGAAAUGCUUUACGUCCUAAGGUAUACUGUAGCUUCUCCAAGUUCCUCUGUUCACAUCUUGUUUUUUCCAGGAGUUCAAAUGUCCAUAUUCUGAGGAUUGCGAAAUUAACUCUGUGAGCCGGCGGUUUUGUCAAAAGUGUCGUUUGCGCAAGUGUUUCACAGUCGGUAUGAAGAAAGAGUGGAUACUGAAUGAGGAACAGCUUCGGCGGAGAAAAAACUCGCGGUUGAACAACACCGGCAACGGUGGCAAACGGUCGCAGCACCCGAUACAUCCGCCUUCGCAACCGCCGCCACCGUCACAACAACAACAUCAAUCACCAGUUCCACACCCAGGAGUGGCCGUUUACGUAAGCAAUCCCUAGAAUUAGUGCAGUUUAUUAUUAUCUCUCCCGUUUUAGCAACAACAAGCUCAACGCCCACUCACCAUCAAUCCGAUGGACAACCAGGUAACUAAAGAGGAGAUAUAAUUCAUCUAAAUGAAUUAUUUUCAGAUGAUGCACCAUAUGCAAGUCAAUCGGCCGAACGUGAUGCCUCAGCUCAUUAGCCCACCAGGAGGUCAACCGGUCAGUUUUAGUUUUACACCAAUCAAAAGAGAUCUGAGAACAUCAUUCGGAACUUGAUAGGGAUACGGUACUUUUCUCUCUCACUACUUAUACACUCGAGAUAAGGACAAACGGGUGUUAUCUGUCCUUUUUCCGCGUACGCUUUUCGUCUAUCAUAUCACCGAAAGAUAUUGUUUCCUGAGAAAAAAACAGCGCCGAAUGCAAGAAACUGUGCGUGACGAUUCGGAAACCGGUCGGUUGGCGAGACAGAAUCCAAGUGAUUGUAGUUUUUUCGAACACCGAGGAAUUGCGUAUUAUAAAUGUUUGAAUUGAGUGAUAAUUGUGAAUAAGGGACUAUGGAACGAAUUGCCAGAUUUCUAGGAAUAGACAUGGGCAGAGAAGCCUAGAAUAAGGUUCAAUUAAGUGUGAGUCAACAGAAAUCCAAUAUUUACACUGAAAGAAGAAGCAUAAAUUAUCCCACUUUUCAUCACGUGAACGACAAAAACCAGCACCAACGAGUCGUGCGCUUUAAUUAAAAGUAGUACGAAUUCAUGUGACUCUGGUCAGCAGCCACAUCCACUCCCAUCCAGUCAUUUCUGCCCUUUUCCUCGUUUCGUUUCUGAUUCCUCAUUCUCCUUUUUUUCAGUAUCCGCUGACGUCUCCAGUUGGUUCAAGUGCGUCCGAUUCGCCGCCAAACCGAAGUCUGACGAUGAUGCAUAACGGCGAUAAAAGUCCAGACGGGGUAGGUUUCAAAAGUGAUUGAGAGGUCGAUUGUUUGAUUGGCGCCGAGAGAUAGAAUAGACGACCGCCCACACGCACAGUCGCACUCGCUCGCCGAUUUUUGAGUGAUGAAUGGAAUAUGUCAUCGAAACCGUCUAACGACGAUUGCAACCAACCACCGAAAAAGCGCCCAUGAUAAGAAACGGCCGACUUCGCUUGGGGCCACCUAAGAGGAGCGCUUGUUACACUGUCUUUGACGUGCAAAAGAAUUUUGAUAAGAAUUGAACGAAAAGGACAAAUAUCGGCGGAACACUGAUGUUCAGAGGGGGGAAACAGGAAACUGAGGGGUCGUUGAUAAUAUUAGAACAGUUAAUGUUAUGCCACGUGGUGUGCUCUUUCUAUGUGUCUUUGAGUUUCACACACGUAAACAUACACAUUUCCAAUACUAUCGUAGAUUCAGAGCAUACAUAGUGAAACAGAUAGUCUUCGUACUGUUUCGCUUUUCUCUGUUUUUUGGGACUUUCUUUCUCCCCGAGAAGUUUUCGAUGCACAUUAUCUGUUUCACCAUGUUUGGAUCUAUUUAGAACACACAUUCACCUUAUCAACAAUCUUUUUAGUACGAUCCAAACAUGAUGGCUCAUCGUAUUUCGCAAACUUCGCUCAAUCCGAGACCGAAAAUGGACAACAACGGACAGGUAAACAAUAUAUUUUCUUUCUAUCUUCUAUGCAUCUCCUUCCUAACCGUAAUUGUCAUGUGCCUCUUACUUCUACUUCAGCACCACACCAUAACAAUGAAAACGUGUUCUUAAAAGAACAACUGAGGAAAAGAAACAAACUUGCAUAAUACUAAUAUACCAAUAUACUAAUUAAACAUUGUUGCGGAUAUUACAGAAAAAACAUAAUAUUUUCUAUGAUCUAAUCUUUGCAGGUUGUCCUUUCGACCGAGGAGUACAAACAGCUUCUCGCUCGGAUUCCGGGAGCGCAAGUUCCGGGUCUGAUGAACGAGGAAGAGCCUAUCAACAAACGGUAACAAAUGACGUGACAACUCCGAUGACCUUGAGUCUAGUUGCAGUGCUGCCUACAACUGCAACGGUCAUCCACUUCCUUGCGACACGACUCCACCGUACAGCGCGCCGAUGAGCGACAUGAGUCUGUCGCGUAACAACUCGACCUCAUCGGGUACGGCAGCACGCUUAGGAACACAUCCUAGUUGGUCUGCAAUUCCAGGCAGCAGCAUGCCAAAUCAACAGUCGCAUUUUGACAUUGCCUCGUUCGGAAUGGGCAUGAUGACGGCGACUGGUGGUGGCGACGAGGAAAUGUUCCGCAAGAUGAACACGUUCUACGACGCUGUUAUCCAAUCGGCUCUGGACAGCCCGGAAAACAUGGCGCCGAAAAUGCAAGAAUCGUCGAUUCCAAAACCAGAAUACGUAAGUUCAAAAACACCGUUUUGGGCCGUUUCUUUGUUCUACAUGCCCGGGGUUGGGCUGUCUUUUGUCUUAUCUCACUUCUCAAAUGGUGUCGCGCAGAAGAAUCGCGCAGAGAUGCACUUUUAGCCAGUGCCAGACACUGACGGCGCUUUGUGUCAAGGCAAUCAUCCGUCAAAUCAUUCUUUCCAAAUACCGUUUCAAGACCACCCCGCUUGUUGCCCUGCCCGCCCACCUCUUUCCAAUGUCGAACUAGUCACAUUCGUUUCUUCAGAUGCCGCCAACACACGGAUUCCAAUACGAGGCCGAUCCGUUCCAAGUGCCAGCUGUCGACAGGAACAUCAACUAUCAGCUGAAUGCCGCUGAGCUCAAGGCUCUUGAUGCUGUCCGUGAGGUGUUCUACGGAAUGGACGACCCGAUGGAGCAAGGAAGACAAUUGCAAUCUUUCCUCAAGGUAGCCUCCGUGUUCUCGGAUCUUUGCGUUAUUUUAAAGUCUUGUUCAGGCGAACAAGACACCGGCUGACAUUAUGAACAUCAUGGAUGUGACUAUGAGGCGUUUCGUCAAGGUCGCAAAGGGAGUCCCAGCAUUCCGUGAAGUGUCUCAGGAGGGCAAGUUCUCCUUGCUGAAAGGAGGCAUGAUCGAAAUGCUGACUGUCCGAGGAGUGACUCGCUACGAUCCAAUGACUAACUCCUUCAAGACCCCAACCAUCAAGGGAGCCAAUGUUUCUGUCAAUGUUGAUGACAUGUUCGCGAAACUCAAUGCAAAUGCGCAGGCGCAAAAAGCAAAAUGCUUAGAGUGAGUUGACCUUGAGACAAUUACCGUAACCGAUUGCCGACCAUUUCAGGUUCUUUGGUUUCUUUGACGAAGAGAUCAAGAAAAACGAACUUGCCGUGUAUCUAGUCAUGCUUGCUGUUCUGUUCUCAGUCCGUUCGGACCCACCGAUGAGCGACAACGACGUUCGCAUCGUUUCCGAGCAACACAAUCAUUUCAUGAGCCUUCUCAAUAGGUAUCAAUCAUUUGCAAAUUCUGAAAUCCAAUGUCCAAUACAUCCUUACAGAUAUUUGGAAUCAUUGUACGGGGAGCAGGCUCGCCGUAUCUUCGAACGUCUUCCAAAAGCGAUGGGGAUGCUCAACGUAUGGAAAUCCUAUAAAAACAAUCUUCUAAUGCACCACUUUCAGGAUAUUGCUCGUAACGCCGGAAUGUUGUUCAUGGGCACUGUGCGUUCUGGAGAAGCAGAGGAGCUGCCAGGAGAAUUUUUCAAGAUCAAGUAG